AUGUCUGUCAUCCUAAGCAGCAGAACAAUGCCAGAUGAGAACAAAUUCGAACCAAAUAUGGGAAAUACACGCGAGUACGAACAUCUCCCGAAUUUUGUUGAUAAAUGUUCUACUAUUCGCCUUUUGGGAGUUGGUGUUCGGUGUGGAACUGACAACGGAAAACAAGUGAUCACACUAACGGUUCGAUGGCUUGACACUACCACCGAUGCGCGUGACAAAUGGGCGAGGAUCAACAAUUCGGUCACGCAUCACGCUACCACGAGUCCCUCCUUGCAUGGCAUGCUAAUCUGUGAUGGUCCAUGUCACAGUAUUGUGGACUACACAAAAAUGGUGGAAUAUCCGGAUUGUGGUCAUAAAAUAUGUAGAAGGUGUCAGUUCAAUGAACUCAGCGUUCCGAAUGCGGACGGAUCGCCAGGAUGUUGCGUGCCCAUGUGUGUUCGGCAAACGCUGAUAAACAGAGUGCCACUGGGAAAAUAUCGUCGUGAAGCUCGACAACAAGGAACACCAUUUCUUGGAGUGAAACAGUCAGCGACUAACAUGUCCUCACCUCAAACGUCUGAGAGGAAUCAACCUUCAAGUACGAUGGUACCAACGGAACUCCUACAUGUGAAGAUUUUCAUAUUGGAAAAGCAUAUGCACUGCACAUUGGGCCCAGCCGUCUCAGACGUCGGACGGUAUGGCGACUGGUGA